ACAAAUACUGAAAUAAAUCUAAGUCACAUGUAUAAAGAUAAAGGUGAAAAUAUUUAGAACUACGAAAUAAUUAUAUAUAGCCAAUAGAAUAUAAAAUAAAAGAUAACAGAUAAAAGUACAAAAAAAAUCAAAUACAAAGCUAUUCCAUAUUUUUAAACGUCGUGUCUGCUGGCAGAUAAAAAACAACGCAACACAGGCGUCUGCUGUGUAAUCACAUCAUUAUUUUAACUGACUUUUGAACUGAGCUCAAUGUAGAUUACCAGUAGAGGGCAUAGUUACUCCAAAACAUCAGUAGCUAGUCCAUACAUCACAAAAAAGUUUGACAGCAGCGUUCCCAUGACAGUGUGUAAUAUGAAUAUAACACACACAGAGCGUCAUCUAGCGGUGAUUGUGCGUGAAUGAAUAACGCGCCCUUAUCUUUCGUUGAGUGAAUGAACGAUCUUGGUUCAUAUUUAUUAGGUGACAUAAGCGGAAUUUAAAGAAGACAUAUUAGUGACCGCAGUAAAUGGAUGCAACUUAGGCCGAUUGGCUGUUCUUUUUAUAUGAAGAACAGACGUCCGGUGUCUGAAGUCUGCUGUCCGGUGCUAUGUGGACAUAUUACAGAAAUGGAGUUGUACCGAAAAAAAAUAAUCAGAAAUCGACACAGACACAGUCAACUCUCAUAUGCCUCAUACUGUCAUAUAACUGAACAGGAAAAUGAAGUGGUCAACCUUCCUCCCAUUUCCAACGGAAAGUCAGCAAUAUUGGAUCCCCACACCAAAGGCCAAACCACAGCCCGGAGACUACAGGAGCUGUUCUUCUCCGAGGAUCUGAGGGAUCAUCACGUGUCCCGACACAGAACCGUCAGGAAGAAGAAAAACAGUAUAGGCCACCAGCUUGUUCCAUUAUCCAGAGUGAGUGUGGAAACAGAGCUGGAAAUCACAGCACACCUUAAAUACCAUUUGCAUCAGCGCCACUCAAAUAGAAACACUCAGGAUUCAUCUCUUGAGGAGAAAGGAGAUGUCGUUUUUCAGAAAACAAAAACAGUUUUCUUCAAGAGUCUUGUGCCACUUGAAGAGAACGAGAAGGAAGAAAAAGAGGAUGAUGAGGACGAAGAAAGGAAAGAGGGAGGAGUAAUUGUUCAAAACGCAUCUUCGUGUACGGACGAGGCCCCGGACGGCCAGGGAUCGCUGUCUGAGGGACCGUUUAGAGCCGUCGAUGUUCAUGACAAACAACGAUUUGAUGAAAGAGAUCCAAAAGUGCAACAUCAUUCUUCUCCGAACACUUUAAACGACGACAGUGUUUCAUCCUUUCAUAUUAAAGAGAGGAGAUUCAUGAUCUAUCUGUGUGGUGGAUACAAAGAUACCGUCCCAGAGCGCAGCGCACUGAUGGAGAGUGUGUAUCCUCGGCUGUAUCUACACUGUAAGCAGAGAGGAUAUGAUUUCAGGAUGAUAGACUUGCGUGCAGGACUCGGAGAUCCGGUUUCGGACCAUCAUGAUUUGGCAGAGAUGCACAUGGAGACACUUAGGCGUUGUCAAGAGACCGAGGGGCCAAACUUUUUUGUGUUCACUGGACAGAAGCAUGAGAUACGGUCACUGCCGAAUACCAUUCCCCAAGCAGAUUUUGAAGCGAUUUUAAAACUGGUAGAGAGAAGCAAGAAGAAGCUGUCCAGGAGACAGUCAGACAUGGCUGUUGACUCACAAUCCAGUAUUGGCACUGGUGACAGCAGGAGUUUUGUACUUGAUAAGGAACUCAUUUUGUCGGAGGAGAGGGAAGCUUUCCAAAGCUCUGCUGUCAUGAGUGAGAACUCCAUCUCCAGCUGUUCCAUGUCGGAUGGAGACGAGACACAGCUGGCCCGGACCUGGAUGGACUACGACCAGGAUUCGAGUCUCUUGCAGACAUGGUAUAAGCUGGAUAAAAACACAAUUCCUGCUGUGUACCGCUUGCUUCCUGUCAGCACACAUCACCCUGACUUCCUCAGCCGGGAUGGGCAUCGCAGGAAGCUGGCAAGGAAAGCAUGGCGCUCUUCCUGUGUGAAAGUGUGGAACGUGCUGUGGCGGUCUGGACCCGAGGCCAUCGGAGAAGAAGCCGUCUGUCGUCUGCUUCGAACAGUGUUGGACUGGGAAGUGGAACAGGGUCUUGGAGGGAAACAGCCACCAGAGGAGUACAGUCACUGUUACAAGAGGAUCAUCACUGACCUUCUGUACAACCUGAAAAAUGAAUACGCAUCACAGUUUAUAGACCUACACAAAGGAAGACCUGAAAUCAACCAAACCUUACAUCAAGCUCAGCAGCGCUUUAUACGCAACAUCCACCUCAAGCUGCGACACACUAAUAUCCACGAGACAAGCGUCAGCUGGGGAAGGAAAGGUAUGAGUGCCAAACACAACAGAUCUCAUCAGUUCUAUGUGGAACGGCUCUGCUCACACUUCCAGCGCACGCUCACUGCAUCCCUCAACAGGCAAGACGUCCCUCUGUUCCUGUCAUCUCACUUUACUUUAUCACUGUCUGUCAAGCUGUUCUCAAAGUGUUGCUUCAGACUUAUGCAGGUCCGUCAGGCUAAAGGCUCCUUCGACAUGCAGAGGAAAGAUGUUUCCAGACUCCGAGUUGAAGAAGAGAUUCGGCGUCACGUCAGAUUUGGGAAAACACUAGCACAGGGUUAUGUGUUCAGGCAGGACUUUCUGAUGGAAGUGAAGCAUGUGCUUCAAGCAUCAUCGUCCUCCCAGAAUACUGUGCUGUUACUGGGGGAAUUGGGGUCUGGAAAGAGCACGACACUCGCCAAACUGGCACAGCUCAUACCCACUUGGAUACCUGGGGAUGCGGCAGUGCUCACCUGCUUUGUGGGUCUGACAUCCGAGAGCAGGAACGUGCGUCUGCUCCUCCAGACCCUGUGUCUGCAGUUAGCCAACAUCUAUAGCCUCAAAACAGAGAUAUCUGAGUCACUGUCAGAGUUGUCCAGUCAGCUGUGCUCAUUGUUGGGCCUGGUGACAGAAGCUCGGCCCUUGACCCUGGUGCUGGAUGGGCUGGAUAAUCUGAGUGAGGAGCAUGAGACUGACCUUUCCUGGCUUAGUAAUGUUCUAGUGCCGAACGUCUUCACUGUCCUGUCUGCCGGCACACAGUCUAAAUGUGCUCAGAUUCUACAGUCCCAGGUUAAGGUCGCUGUCCUGUCCCUUCCUGCUCUUCACCGUGAUGAGAUCGCAUCAGGACUGGCUUCCAGACUAGCUUCGGAUUUUCGGCAACUAACUGAAAGCCAGUGGAGCCUUUUAUUCCAGUCCUGUCUAUCCUGUCCAUCCCCUCUCUACCUCAAUCUAGCCUAUGUUGGGACCAGGCAAUGGAGUUCAUUUACACCAAAAGAGAGUCUCAACAUCCCUACGGAUCCAAAUCAACUUUUCGUCAGCAUCCUUGUUAGUUUGGAGCGAGAGCAUGGGCCGUGUUUGGUGCGACGUAUGGCUUUGCUCGUAUCACUGUCCUGUUCUGGCGUGACCGAGGAGGAACUUUUAGUGCUUUUGGGACGCGAUGAUAAUGUCACACGCGAGACGGCUGUUUUGCAUCAUCAGACACUUGCCGUUUCCGAAUACUCGCCGGUGCCUUAUGCGUUAGUGGCCCGACUGCUGCACAACCUGAGGGAUUACAUCAGCGAAGUGGAAAGUGACGGCACAUGGGUGUUGCGCUGGACUCAUGCAGAGUUCGGUUACGCCGUCUUGCAGCGAUACGCACCAACAGAAGACUCGAUCAAAGCUGUCCAUGCAGACUUUGCAGAUUACUUUAACGGAAACGUCCCAAAUAGCCAGGUUUUUCAGCCGCUAGCUUGGAUCCGGAAGGAGAAGGGAAGGAGGUGCUAUGAAUUUAAUUUGCGCAAACUCCACUGUUUGCCGUAUCAUUACAUCCACUCGGGGCAAAUAAUUCCCUUACUCGAGCGAUGUCUGUUUAACUACGAGUUCCUGAUGCAUAAACUGUGGGGUCUGUCCGUCUGUCACGUCCAGGAGGACCUUAAAGCUGCCGUCAUACCGGAUAAAGAGCUUCUGGACGUGAAGUUGUUGGAGCAGGUUUUGUGUCUUUCUUAUUCUGUGCUCUUGAAUGAUCCUUGCCAGCUGGCAUCUCAACUCUUGGGCCGUUUGGAGCGGAUCAUUUCCCAAGAUAAACCUGUUACUUCAGGUGACCCGAGACGAUACUCUUUCCUGCAUGAUCUGUUAGCGCAAUGCAAGAGCUCUUCUCUGCCUGUUCUUGUGCCCUCGUACACCUGCCUGCUUCCUCCAGGGGGGCUCGUACACACACUCCUUUCAGGUCACAUGAGUGUUGUGACAGCCCUGGCUCAUGGUCGGCGUCACAUGGUUUCCUGCUCCUCUGAUGGACUGCUGAAUCUAUGGCGUCUAGAUGAGCAAACGAGGCCCGUUCGGCACUUACCGAGGGCUCAUGGACCUGCAGUCGACUGGGCCGCCGACUCGCUCACCCUCUGUCUGGACGACAGUGUGCUUGUGCUACAGAUGGGCCACUGCCUGCAGGUGAGAGAGGUGGAUUCUGGGAAGGUGCUGUACAUGGAGAAGGAGUCUUUGGAUGUUCCUGUAGUCACAUCUGCCUGCGAUGGGCGGCUGCUGGUGGUUUUUUAUGAUGGAAGUCACAUGGUUAAGGUGUUUGAUCUCGUGGCGUCGUGUUCGCUGCUGUGUUGUGUGAACCUCGCCCUUGAGUUUGAGCCCAUCCACAAAGACCAGUCCGUCUUAGUCUCUCGUCACUCUGUUAAAGACUUUGUUCUCUUCGCCUACAGGGAUGGAGGAGAGGCGGCAAUAUUCAAUGCUAAAGGUGGAGUUGUGUCCUCCACACUGAAAGCUCAGCACCCUGCUGCAUCUAUCCAAGCUGUAGAGAUCAGCUCGCAGUAUUUACUGCUCUUUUGCAGAUACCCUUAUAAAAGAGACAGUGAAAUCUUUCAUAUUGAACUCUUCAGCACAGCAUCCUUCCAGUACCUGCGCUCUAUCUUGGGUUGCAGUCAGGACUACAUUUCCCAGGUCACCAUUGCAGGGGGCGGGUCCCACAUUGUGGCCUUUUGUCCCGCCCCUCGCAGCUCGACCACAGAGAUUAUUACCUGGAACCUUGAAACUGAAGAUCAUAAACACAUUGCACGGUUUCCUGGCCUGCUGGCUUAUGGUGUGUGUUCUGACCUGCAUUACUGUGUGGGGUUUUGUGCCGGGGAGCAAUUCUUACGCACGUGGGACCUGGGAUCCAGGAUAAAUGACCAAACGCUCACAUACAACGUGCACAAAGCUCACAGUGACGGCACAGCGGAGAUUGUAACCAUGCAGAGAUAUCCCAGGUAUGUGGUUUGUCGAAGCACACGACCCGGUACUGUGAGAUUGUGGAACGUGGCGCGGACUCGAUUCAAGGGUCGUCCUGUGCAAGUGGAGCACGGCCUGUUCUCGAGUUCAGACAUCGCUCUGGUGCGGGACCUCAAACUCUAUAUACUGUCUGACCGUGGCACCACCAACUUCACUGAUGCACCUACAUCUGUCUACCAGACAUUGCUGGUGUAUGACCUUCUUAAAAAGAGCUACAUUAAGAAACAGACUGGACUGUUCAUCUAUCCCUGUCCUCGGCAAGACUAUCGGCUCUUGGAUGGUGAAAUUCUGUUGGGCCUUUCAGAAACUCGGGAUCAUCUGAUAUUGUGGGAUCUGGACUCUGGCUAUAUUAAAGGCCGUAUCAAGACGUCCUACAAAGAAACCCUGCUCUCCAGCAUGGACAGGGACUCCCAGAUGAUGUCCUCAAAAGAGAAGACGGGUCUAGUGAUGCCAUGGGACAGGCGCACCGAAACCCAGACAGCAAAAAGGAGGAGACGGGAACGUGAGGUGAAAAGAGAGAAAGAUGAACAGCAGCGCCUCGAAAGAGAGAAGUUCAACUCUAUAGACCAGUAUCUUCUCAGUGGAGAUGAGCAGGUGGUCAUAUGCUCAUAUUUUGCCCAUCACCUCAACGUCUUCAGUGUGGUUUCUGAGGAGCAUUUGCACACCCUCGAGGACCGCUGGUCCCUUCUGAGCCUCCGUACUACUGCAAUCACUCACACAGGAGGGUACUUGGUGGUGUCCAACUACAGUGAGGCCCAGCAUGCUCCAUACCUCACACUGUGGGACACACAACAGGGCAGGGUGCGGAAGAGGUUGAAAAAUGAACCUGAAAUCUGUUGCAUUGCUAUAAGCGACGAUGCCUGCAGAGUUGUUUUCGGCAUUUCAGGAUUGAACAAGCUGAAAGUAUGGGAGCCUUUCCGGAGGAAGCAUAAAACCAUCUCUGGUUAUGGAAGUUUAAAUCUGAACUGGUCCAGUUUGCUUUUUAUCACUGAAGGACAAUCCAAGGCUAUUUUAUUAUCAGAUGAAGUGAGCAUGUGGGACCUGGACAAUGGGACGCUGUUGUCUGUCUUCACACCUGACUCUAAGAUCCAGACCAUCUCUUUACUUGGACCCAACAACGGCACACUGCUUUUGGGCUUUAGUGACAUGUCUACUCUAAUCACCAUGACGGUCAGCCAACAAAAUACACACACGAAAUCCAGUGUUGCCUGUGGGAAGGACCUGUUUGGAGAAUCCAGCAGCAGUGAAGAUGAUGAAGAAACAAACAAGAACUGAUUUGAAGAGCAUUGGACAUGUUAAAUAUACUGUAUAAUGUAGGUUCUUUGUCAAGAAUGAAUUCAGUCUGAAUGGAAAUAUGGGGCUUUAUGAUCUCUGGCAUCUCAAGUAUUUUUUAGGAAAUUUUCAUGGCACAGUGUGGAAGGUAGACAUGUGACUGCUGUCUUCAUGAGAAAUGCAAUGUAUUCCGAUCAGCAUUUCCAGUGCUUGUUUUUCCACAUACUAUGAAUUUACCAGAACUUCCCUUACAGUCAUGAGAUCCUGAGGUUACGAUAAAACAAAUCUCAACAAGCCUGUGUUUUCACUGUAAGCUAUUUCAGUGUAUUUUCCUAGACUUCAGAUGUAUGUAGAUUAACAGAAUAAAAUGUAAUCGCAUGUGUGCAUACUUUGACAGUCUAGUUUCAUGUGUAUAGUCAGACAUGCUUAAACAGAAUGUCCUUCUGUAGCUGUCAUGCAUGCUGAGCAUGAGUCAAAAUUUCACUUCCUGCAUUGCAGUCACAUGAAAGAUGAGCAAAAACACUUCCUGCUUAACUUAAUCUCUAAGGAGUUUUUUUUUUUUUAGCUAUUUGCUUUAUUGAGGUGAAUAAAAUUAACUGAUGCCA